AAAUAUCAAAUAUGAUUUGUCAAGUGAAAACACCAUAUUAAUUUCAUGAAACAGUUUCCAACCUUAAAGGUACCUUGUGUUUUGCUACUAUGAAUAGAAAAACGGAAAAGUGACGGUAAACAGUUGAUUUGACAUGUUGAUGUUAAUUUCAUAGUUAGUCCCCCUGUUGAAACCAGGAGCCAAACCAACCUUUCUCAUCAGCAGACGACAAGCGAAACUUCAAGCUCAGAUAGAUACCACAGUUAGGUUUUUAUCACUCAUCAAGUAAUUCACAAUGUCCCGUCGGGCGUCUAUGUUCAGCUUUUUGGGAGUUUCUGAUGAAGAUAUCCACAGUUCAAUCAAGUUAGCCAACAGAGAUGCUUCUUUGAAAGGACGUUUGAAAAGAGUGAUUAUAAAGGAUUCAACAGCCCGUCGAGUGGCUAUCAUAUUUGACUUGAUCAUACGCCUUAUAGCUUGUCUCCUUUAUGUCAUUCGUGUUAUUAUUGAUGAUCAGCAAGAAUAUGAUUGCUAUGGGUAUCCUUGUGCCACAGAAGAAAGCAAUCAUUCAGAACUUUCACGCCCCAAACCAAUCAACUGGUAUGUUGUUGCUUGGGUACACCGCCCCUUUGGAUUAUGGAUAGCACAAGUUGUUCUGUCAUUUGUAAUGCUUUCAAAAUUUAUUUUACAACUCUAUGUUGUACGUAAGCAAAAAGCUCUUCAAAGAAUUUUCAGAGCAGCCACUCUUAUUGAAGUAUUGUGUACUGUCCCAGUUGUUGCCACGGUAUUUUGGCCACAGAAAUUACAAAACAUGUUUUACCCAACCUUUUUAAAUUGCUGGUUGGCUAAUGAUGCAUUUUUGACUCUUUUUAAUGAUAUUCAUAUUGCUGGUAAACGUUUUCAGAGUAUAUCAGAAAGCCUCAGUCAACAACUUUUCAUGUUAAUUGGCUCCCUCUGUUGUUUGAUCUUUACAACUAUCUGUGGUAUACAGCAUAUCCAGAGAGCAACAACAUUUGAAUCUGAACAACAACUGAAUUUAUUCCAGUCAUUUUAUUUUGUCAUUGUUACCUUCACUACUGUUGGUUAUGGAGAUUUCUCUCCUGAUUAUUGGCUUGGACAACUUUUCAUGCUGGCAAUGAUUGUUAUUGCAUUUGCCUUUAUUCCAAGACAGCUGGAAAGCAUUGGAUCAACUUUUAUUGACAAGAAAAAGGAAGGGAAAGAAUUCAGUAAAGAUAAUGCUAAACGUCAUAAACAUGUUGUAGUUUUUAUCACUGCAAUUUUUCCAGAUGUUAUCAUGGAUUUCUUAAAUGAAUUUUUUGCACAUCCUGAUCUUCAGUGUUACCAUGUUGUCUUUAUGGCUUCUACAGAACUUAACACAAACAUCAAUGUUGUUCUGAAAGAUCCUAAAUGGGCCCAUAGAGUGCAUUAUUUGAAGGGAUCAGCUUUAAAAGAUAUGGACCUUGAUAAAGCCAGAGUUCAAGAUGCACAGGCAUGCUUUAUAUUAGCUGAGAGAAAUACAAAACAUAGAAGUGAAGCAAACAGGAAAAAGAUAUCGAGAGGUUUUGCUUCCACAUUAGGAAUUUCUUCACAACCAGAUCAUCUGCAUAUCAAAGUUCUAUGUACAGUCAUUCUCAGACUCCUCUGUUUUGGAUUGAAAAAAUAUAAUAAACAAGUCAGGGAUGAAAAAUGUGCCCUAAUGGAGACCUAUUUCCACAAUUGUAUAGUAUGUGAAGAUGAAUUUAAAUAUGCUCUCUUUGCCAAUAAUUGCAUGUAUCCAGGAAUAUCAACAUUGGUGACAUUAAUGCUUCAUACUUAUGAAGGAGAUAUAGGUAAAGAUGCUCCAGAAAGGUGGCAGAAAAUUUAUGGACGUCAUUCAGGGAAUGAACUUUACCAUAUUUCCCUUGAAAAUAGCUUGUUUUUCAGUCACUACAUAGGAAAAAGCUUCACUGAAGCUUCAGCUGAUGCUCAUGCAAAAUUUGGUGUAUGUUUGCUUGCAGUCGAAGAUACUUUAAAACCAAACAAUCAAAUACAACUGAAUCCUGGAUCGAGUUAUACACUGAAAAAAUCUGAUAUUUGUUAUUACUUAAGCAUAACACAAGAAGAAUAUGCUCAGAUUAAACAUGAUUUUAAUGAACAGCAAGCUUUAAAUGGAGAGAGACGCUAUGAAUUUGCAAACGAGCUACAAAAUCUGAGUGAGGAGGAUGACACUGAUGAAGAAAUUGAGAGUCUCCCUGCAGUUACUAUCUGCAAUUCUUUUAUGAAUAACCCGAGUCAGGUUAUAAAAGAAGAAAAUGAAAAUGAAGAAGCAGAAUCACCAACAGAACAUGGAGUUAUUAGAAAAUAUUCCUCUGACUCUGGAAAUGAUAAGUUUUAUACUGGUCUUCCUCCAGUUGUUCCUUUUGUUGGAGCCAGAAAGACACUUUGUCAUCUUGAGCGAUCACGUAUGAACUGUUGCUUAAAAUGGGCAUCGGAUUGUGAACAUUGCUCAUUUAAAAAUGCCAAGGACCCUCUCUGGAACAAUCAACUUAUUAUUUUAGCAGCUGAAAAAUCAAAUGGAGGCAUAUACAACUUUAUUGUUCCAUUGCGUUCAUAUUUCCUUAAUCGAGAUUCUUUACGCCCUAUUAUACUACUUUUUGAAAAUGAACCAAGCUCACAGUUCUUGUAUCUUAUAGCACAUUUUCCUCUAGUAUAUUGGUUGGUUGGAACACUUUCUUGUGUUGAUGAUCUUCUCAAAGCUGGUAUCACAAAAGCCAGUCAAAUAGUUGUAGUGAAAAGAGAAAUGACUCAGUCAGUAUCUGAAACAACACUUAUGGAUACAGGCACCAUUCUUGCUGCUCAACAAAUAUUCAAGUUGUUUCCAAGUGCUAAAAUAUUAACUGAAUUGGAUCAAGCAUCAAAUAUGAGAUUCAUGAACUUUAGAGUUCUUGAUAAUUAUUCAAUGCAAAUUGCGAAAUUAGAAAAAAAAAUUGCAAGUCAAGUAUCUUCCAACUUGUGUCACAUGUUCCGGCUUCCCUUCGCUGCUGGCCGUGUUUUUAGUGCUAGUAUGCUUGACACUCUUUUAUAUCAGACGUUUGAGAAAGGAUAUCUUAUUGCAUUUAUUCGUCUUUUCUUGGGAAUUGAUUCCUCAGAAAAUUCUGGACAUCUUUCAAGUAUUCAAGUUCGGAGAAGUACUUUGAAUAAAAUGACAACUUAUGGAGAAUUGUAUAAGCAUUUAUGUGAAACAGUUGGAGAAAUACCAAUUGCUUUAUAUAGAUCAGAACCUAUAAAUCCUGUAAUGCAACAGUCUUUUAAGAUUAAAGAAGUAAGCAAAUAUAAGAGGUUAUAUAUAAAGGGAGAAGUAAUGAACAAUUCAUUGAAAAUCAAAAAUUCAUUUUCUGAACAAGACAUGACCAAACCAAAUUUAAGCAAAAGAAGGCAAUCUUGGAGGAUAACUACCAAUGAUAAACCUGAUAUUGCUAGUAUUGUGACUGCAAGAAUGGGUUGUUUGGAUAUGAAAACAACAGAUUAUAAUCAAUUUAACAAAGAGAAAAACAUUCGGUCAUUUAUAAUAUUGAAUCCUUCAGUUAACUGUCGAUUGAAAAAUGGAGAUCUUAUCUAUGUUAUCCAACCUGCAGAAAGACAAGCUACUCCAGUGGGCAUGAAAAAGAGGAAUCCUUUAUCAACUGAUAGAGGGAUUGAAUCCAUUAGAUUAUAAUAUCAUUAAUAUUGCACUGCUACCACAGCCUCAAUUUCAUCUCAUUUAUUUUAUUUUCAAAUAUUACUUAAAAAAAGAUUUGUCAUAAUAAUUCUAAAAGAUAGCAAUCUUUUUUGAAUAUAAGUUCCAAAAACUAAACAAUAAGUACAUUGAUUAAUAUUACUGAUAAAUACUGCUGAUACAAUUUUCCUAAAUAUAAAUUUGGAAUGCAUGAUCAAACUUUGUGUGCAUGUGUUAUCAUAUAUGCUUCUUGUUGUUAUUGUUUGUUGCAGCAAUACAGCAAAAGUGCAAGUAAUUUCUUUUUUUUUUUCUGUAAAUAUGUAUAAACUUCAGAAGCACCUUUGUUUUGAAUUGUAGUUAAUGUUAAGGAAAAAAAAUUAUUAUUUUUAUGAAUUAUAAUGAUACUUUUAAAAAGUACUUUUAAAAAUACAUAGAAUAUCAAUAUGGCAUUAUUAAGAAUAUUUCUAUAAAAUGAUGCAUCCUUUAGUUCAUGAAAUUAAAAGAAGUACUGUAUUUUUUUACUUCUUUUUUUUUUUUUGUAAAUGAAGGUAUAUUACUCUGCAUGUGGAGCUGAAAAUAAGUACAACUUCCACUCAGCAGUUAGCAGUAGAACAUCCAUCUGUAAAAAUAUUUUUCUUUCAACAAAUUGAUACUUAACAAUUUCCAAUCAUCAUCCCAGCGAUGAAGAAGAAAUAAGUUCAAAACAUUUCCUUUUGUAAUGCUGGCAAAAUUAUCUUUGUCUGAAGCAAGCUUUACUUCAUAAUUAGAUAGAUAUGAAGUUAAAACUAUAUUAAAGAAUCAAGAACAUGAAAAACAAAGUAUAUUCUGACAUGAAGUAAAAAAUAUUAACUGAUGAGGAAUAUUAUUUUCACUGACAAGAACAGAAUACAACUUGCAAGAAGCAGAAAACACUGAAAGUUACUAAAUUCCCAAAUAACUAAGUAAACACAGAAAAAUUGUACUGGUAAUGGUAUAGAGCAGUGGUUCUCAUCCAUUGUUUGCCCAUGGAUCCUUUCAAUUCCUAUUUUACUCUCCUGGACACUCAUAACCAUUCCAUUUAAAAAAAAAACCCUACUAUAUUUUUAUAAUUAAGUAUUAUUAGGAAUUUUAUAUAAAGUUGUUAAAAUAUUUUGCCUGUUGUUGUAAUUUAACCAAUAUAUUGCACUUAAAUUUUAACAACAAAAUCUUAUGUGGACCCUCCACCAAGGGUCGUAUGGGCACCAGUUGAGAAUCACUGAUCUAGAGUAAUAUAUAUGCUGACAAAUAGUGCAAAGCAAACUGAGUAUGGAGUUGUCUCCCAUACAUUCUGAUUAACAGUGACUCCUAUUAAAUGUAUUUUACUACAUAAAUAUCAAAUAUAUUUCACUACAUACCGGAAUAUAUUCCGUCUUUGUUGUUUUUUCUAGCUUUUUUUUUUAAUGUAGUUAAAAUUUUGAAAACUAAGAAAUAUAUUAUACAAUAUCUUUACUGGAAUAUAGUUAAUAUUAAUAUUUCUCAACUCUAAAAGACCACCAGCAAACACGAUUGUUAUUGGAAAAGAGAAAUUUGUUUAUUAUAGCAGCCAAAUUAUUGGAUUUUCCAUUUCAUAUUAUUUUGUUUCUUUAUGUUUUUUUAUGUAUAAAAUAUUAAUAAGUUUUUUCUUUUCUAUUUCCCAAAUAUUUAUUCAAGAAAAUAUCCAUAAACAAAUGAAAAAAUUAUAUGCCUUAUGUGUAUAGAAUUAUAAUUUUAAAAAUAUUUUAUACCUGAAUGUAUGUAUAUUGAAACAUUUGGCUAGUGUAUGAUAAUACUGAUUAAAAUUGUCAUUAGUAUAUUCUCCUAAUUAUAUUCUUAUUAUUUUUAAGGUAGUAUAUUUGGUAGCAAUAUAAAAAUAGUUGCCUUAUAGUUCUAGUUCACUACCAUAUUGUUUCACUUAUUUACAAUGAAGUCAAGCACAGUCAAUUUAUCCUUUGGGAUUUUAACCAAAAAUAAUUUCUUAGACCCUGUGCACUUUACAAAAUGCCAUGUUUCAAUUAUCUAUGAUCUGAGUUCAAAUAUAUAGUUGACAAAGUAAACAAAUGGGUCACACAACAAAAAUACAUCUAACUACAAGAAAAUAAAUAUUCUAAGCAUUGCUUAGAAAGAGUUUUAUUAAAAACAAAAUAAAGCAUUAUUAUAAAUGUAUUUGCAAUGACACAAACCAUAUAUAAUGAGUGUUCUAAAUACUCCUUCAUUGACAUCCCUAUUUCCUCAUCAAAAGCACUGAAGCUAGUUCUAUAUUUUAUGAUUAUCAACGAAUUAUUGAUGAGGACUGCUUUAAUAAUGGUUUCAGAAUGUAUAAUUCCAGGUAUUUUUGGUACCUCUCCAAAUAUUUUGCUUAUCAUAAAGAAACCAUCGUUUUUAUUGCUGUCUUGUUUUAGAGAAAAGUUUUAGAAAGAAAUAAAGAAAUACAUAAAACUU